GCUCUAGAAGGGGCGGGGUGGUUUGGGCCGGUGGCUAAAUUACGAGCCCGGGAAUUCAACAGUUUGUAUCUUAGCAUUGGAAUGCUUGAUUACAAAGGAAAAAGGUGUCGUUUACAUGGAGUGGGGGCUGGUGGAGAGUGAGGUGAAUGUGCCGUUUUGAAACCAAAGGACAGUAAGCGCUUCCUCUCUCCCCAUUCGAGACCGUCCCGCGGGCCCGGCGGCCGCCUCUGGACUAGCCGGAGAGAACAUGGCGGCCCCCGGAGGCCGGGGCUGCAGCCUCGCGGGCCUGCUCCCGGCGCAGACCUCGCUGGAGUACGCCCUGCUCGACGCCGUCACCCAGGAGGAGAAGGACGGCCUGGUCUACCAGUAUCUGCAGAAGGUGGACGGCUGGGAGCAGGACUUGUCAGUGCCCGAGUUUCCGGAAGGAUUAGAAUGGCUGAACACAGAAGAGCCUAUUUCUGUCUACAAGGAUCUGUGUGGAAAAGUAGUCAUCCUUGAUUUCUUCACCUACUGCUGCAUAAACUGUAUUCAUCUACUGCCUGAUCUUCAUGCAUUAGAACACACAUACUCUGAUAAAGAUGGUCUUCUGAUUGUUGGUGUUCACUCGGCUAAGUUUCCAAAUGAAAAAGUCCUGGAUAACAUUAAGAGCGCUGUUCUUCGAUACAACAUCACCCACCCUGUGGUUAAUGAUGCAGAUGCCAGUCUUUGGCAAGAACUAGAAAUUUCCUGCUGGCCAACUCUGGUCAUACUUGGACCCCGUGGAAAUAUGUUAUUUUCUUUGAUUGGAGAGGGACACAAAGAUAAAUUAUUUUUAUAUACUUCCAUAGCUUUAAAGUAUUAUAAAGACAAGGGACAGAUCAGAGAUAAUAAAAUUGAAGUAAAACUAUAUAAAGAUUCUUUGCCACCUUCACCAUUGCUGUUCCCUGGCAAAGUAACAGUAGACCAUGUUUCUAAUAGAUUGGUAAUAGCAGACACUGGACAUCAUAGAAUUUUGGUCGUCUGGAAGAAUGGACAAAUUCAGUACAGCAUUGGAGGACCCAACCCUGGAAGAAAAGAUGGAAUAUUUUCAGAGUCAACUUUUAAUUCACCACAGGGUGUAGCCAUAAGGAAUAAUAUCAUCUACGUAGCAGAUACUGAAAACCACCUUAUAAGAAAGCAUGAAUUAAUACAUAAAGGUUUGUCUAAUUACCUACUUGGCUUCUUAUACAGUCUUAGUAAUUUACCUUUUUAUUUUCUAGGCAAUGAAUGGCUUCUUCAAGGACAGAUACCCUCUGGAGAAAUAGAGAGCAUUUCCAGUCAACCAGCGAUCUCACUGCAGAUUCCUGGAGAUUGCUUAUCACUUGAAGCCGUGAUAUCUAUCAGCGUGUUCCUUUAUUACUGUAGCGCAGACAGCAAUGCCUGUAUGAUGAAGGGAAUUUCGUUCAGUCAGCCUUUACAAAUAAGCAGUGCACACCAAGGGUGCAUCGCUCCAGUAGAGCUCAAGUAUGGAUUUUAACAAGCCAGUUAGCCACCUGGCCGCCACAGCCACUGUCCUCCAUCCUUAUCAUCACUGUAACUUAGGAAAAGCAGCUUUAUUUCUGCCUCUGGAUACCAAGGAGCCCACUGCUCAGUUCUAGCAACAGAUUUUAAAAUAAAGCUAUGCUCCAUAUUUACUUAUCUAGUAUAAACAAAUUCCUUCAUUCUGGCUGUGUACCAGCUAAAUCACUGACCAUCAUUUGAACCAUGAUUUUGUAAUCCCUGCUGCUAUUUGGCACAAAACUUAAAUCCACACUGUAGUCUAGAAUAUUAUCAUGAACAUAAUUCGCAGUGAAUACUGAUAAUGAAACCAAAUAUUUUAACGAACUUUUUCUACCUUUAUUAGUAUCAAGGAGCACAUUUGAAUAUAUACAUUUCACAAUAACUUUAAACAGAACCCAAGAUCCAGGACACCUGCCAUUCAAAGCCUAAGGUCUGUUUAAGCCAAAAAAAAAAAAAAAAAAAGAUCUUCACAUCACAGUAGAAACUGAAAGAGUAUCUGGGUGGUAAAUAUGUUCUUUUUUCUCUUCUGUGAUUCUCUCAGUUGAGAGUGAUUUAAAAGAGAAUUUCUAUUUUUAUUAUAAAUUAUUUGCUAUCUUAACAUACCAUUAUUAAUGCCUUAUAACUCUAUUCAGAAAAAGUGUGUCAAAGGAUGUACAGACUCACUCCCUUGAGUCCCCAGAGAUACUAUAAUUUUCACAGAGAAAAGGACUUUGAGACAUAUUACUGUCUGUGAUACUGUUCACGAUAAAAAAUAGUGACAGCUGAAUCUGAGUAAAUGGGUAUAUAUGUUGUCUUAGAGGUUUAAAUUUCACUUAGAAGCAUUAAGAUAUGCAGAUUGGUUGGGGUUUGGGUUUUUUGAUUCCCGUAUUCAGAACUUAAAUUAUGAUCACUUAUUGUGAUGUUUUUAAAAAUCACUUUUAAGCCUUCAAAGAAAAUUUUAGUGUGAAGCACUUUCAUGCUAUUAAUAUGUAUAUAUAUUUAUUACUCUUUAAAAUAUUAGGGCUGAAACAUACAGGGAUUUAAUGACACUGGGGUUAUUUUUAACCCAAAAAGAAAUUGUCACUAGAAGAUAAAGUUUUUUCUUUAUCCUUUCCCUUUAUAACUAUUUAAAAGCCUAUUCUUGGUUUUACUAUAAUUGAUUCAAUAUGUUUGUGAUUUAAUCAGCUUAUAGGAUUUUGAAAAUGUCAGGUAAACUGUAUUUAUCCAAUAAAUAUUUAUAGACAAAAUGGCAUAAUAUGCCUUUCCCUUCAAAAGCAAAUUAGAAGUGUGAUCUCUGCAGGACCAUCAUCUGCCCAUUUUUCUUUUUGAAAUAUAGUUUUGAACAUACUAGCUUUAUAUACUCAGGUUACCUAAACCUCUGAAGUAAGGAAGUAUGUAGUACUGACUUUGAUUCAAUUUGUAACCUACUAAAGCUAUUUUUAAAGAGAUGUAUAAAUGUAAAGUUAAAAAGAAUCUUGUUUAAAAUUAUAUAUAAUUACCUCAUAAACCUUUUCUUUCCACACAAGAAUUCUGUAAUAAAGGGAUGUAUAACAUUAAUACUCUCUUUUACAGAGAAUAGGCUGAAGUCAUGUUUUAAUCUCAUUUGAAAUAUACUUCUCAUUUCCAGGUGGACAUGAUGAGAAUAUUUUCAGUCCCUGGGAAAGAAGUAUAUGCAGUUUUAACCUAAUUCAGAAAUACCUGAUAAUUAAUUUUUCAGUAUAAUACACAAGCACACAUAUAGCUUUGUAUUAUAUGUUUCUCAGAAUCUAGUAAUAUUCUUUUUGUCUAGACAGUUUCGGUUAGUAUUAAGCUUAUACUUUUCUUUCAAAGUAUAGGUUAUUGAACAUUCUUAUUCUUACCCAGUCACCAGUCUGCACCGUUUUACAUUAAAAAUAUUAUUUCUAUGGAUUUAGUAUGAUUUUUUUGUAAAUCCUACUAGAGCAGUAUAAAUAGGUUCCUAGAACUUAUGACUAACAUAAACCUCUUACAUAAGAGGAAGCACUAGAAAGUUUAUUUUUAAAAACUUGAUCCUUCUGGCUUCUGUUUUCUAUAAGGACUUCCAUAUUUUUUUUAACUUUUGCUUCUCUUCUUGUAUAAAUUAUGCCCAGUGAUAGUUUAGAAAAAGUAUAAGUCACCUUAAAGUGCCAUAAUGUGGCAUCACACACACUUUGACAUCAUUCCUAGAAUCUUUGACCUAAAUUAUUGUGCUGCUUUGUCACUAUUUUUUCCACACUCUUUGUGAUGUCCUUUCACAAGUGGUAGAACUUUUUUUCCCUGAAUUUAUACUCAGGGUUAGUAUGAUCCCUGAAAAGAAUUUUGCUUAUCUUAAAUAUGCUGCUUCAAGCAAAUAUUUAACCUAUUCACAAGGAAAAACCUAAUGGUUUAAUCACCCAUAAGUGUAACUUUGAUAAAGUUCAGUGACUACCAAACAAUUUUCUCCUUAACUUUUUUUUGGGGGGGUGGGCAGGGGGAGUUCUGAACAAAAGGUUUUUUUUUGUUAUGUUAAUCACUAUACAUUACAUUGUUUCUCCUUAACUGUUCUAAUACUAUAGUUCUAGUAUUAUUGGGCCUGCAGAAAGCUAUGAUCUUAACACAGCCCAAAAAAAUUCAUAUGUGUGGAUGAGAGAACAAAGAUCAAGAAUUUCCAUCUAAGUUUCUCUCAUAGGCAGUAUUGUUUUGAGUUAAUAUCACUGAAAUAACUUACUCUCCGCUUGUUUUUCCAUGUUGGAAAAUUUAGGAAAAUAUUGAAAAUAUAUAUCAGUAAUAAUUUUCUGCCUGCACAAAAUUUACUAUUAGAUUAUAUCUGCCAAUUAAAAAGACUUCAGUCUGACCAUUGUAUUUGGCAUCAUGUUUAAGAACAAUGAUCAAAAAAUAAAUUCCAUAGUUCACAGUUGCAUAAAAAUAUGUGGAGAGGAAUUAUGUCAACAGUGGUUCUCCUGAAUGAUGAAAUUAUGAAUAUUUUAAUUCUACUUGUAUUUUUUUCAGUGAACAAUGUGUUGUUUUCAGAAAAAGAAAACUGGAAGCAAUUUUUAAAGAUCUAAAGUGAACGGAGUUAUAAGCACUGAUGUAACUUUUCUAAAAUCAUCUUUAUUACCAAGGAUCAAGAACAUAGUUUGGAGCCCUUUGUUCUAUUGGUUCUCUUAAUUAUGUGAUUUGGUGAAGACAGAAAUGAUCAUGACUUUUUCUUCUGGGGUUUUAUAGUGUAAUGUGGUAUAGUGGUUGAGAGCAUGUGCUUUGCAGGCUCUAGGAUUCUAACCCUAUACAAUGGGGCUAUUCUACCUGUUUUAUGGGGGUCACUGUAAGGCUUCAAUAGUGUUUGUAAAGUAUUUAGUAAUUAAUGGAACUGCUAGUUAUUCACUUAGUUAAUAAUAAUUUAUGACUAUAAACACAUAGCUUGACAUUUUCUUUGCAACUGCAAUUUCUAAAGGAAAAUAUUUCUCAGCCAACUAUUUGAUAUGUUAAUAAUCUCCAUGGAGCUGGGAUUCAAGAAGAGAAACAGUUUUAUAAUAAAGUAUAUUACUACUUUAUAAGUGAUGUUAUAGUCAGAAACAAACCUACAGUUUUAUGAAAAUUUUCUUAGACCCAGGACUAUGAGCCAUAUACUUCCUUUGAGAGGGUCCAGACAUACUCACCCUACACCCCAUUCCUGUAACACACUGAUGGUGCUUUACAAAAUCUUCAAAGUGCCUUCAUGCAUUUUGCCUCAUUUGAGUUUCAAAGUAAACUAUGAAUCAGACAAGUAGAUGUUACGUCCAUUUUACAGAUGUGAAAAUGUGGGUGACAUUAACUCAAGUUCUCAGAAUAAUGCCUGAUGCUGGAGUGGGGCCUGGCAUGGACUGUUGCUCAGCCAAUUGCGUGGAGUGACUAAAAGGUGAAUAGUGACGUAUCUUUUAUCUGAAUACAGGUCUCCUAAUUCCUACCUCUAUUCCUAGACGGAGAGUGAAAACAAACUGCAGAAUUAAGAAAGAGUACGACGUACUUCUGUGAAUGCUUUCUUCAGCCUCUGUUAAGUAUUUAAAUAAAGUAAUACGAAUAGCUGAA